AUGGCAGACCAACAUGAGGUCGAUCUCGACUCCAUAAUCGACCGCCUGCUUGAGGUGCGAGGCAGCCGCCCCGGUAAGCAGGUCCAGCUGCUCGAGGCCGAGAUCCGAUAUCUCUGCACUAAGGCGCGCGAGAUCUUCAUCUCCCAGCCCAUCCUGCUCGAGCUCGAGGCUCCCAUCAAGAUUUGCGGCGACAUCCACGGGCAAUACUACGACUUGUUGCGACUCUUCGAGUACGGCGGGUUUCCCCCCGAGGCCAACUACCUCUUCCUCGGCGACUAUGUCGACCGCGGCAAGCAGUCGCUCGAGACAAUCUGCCUCUUGCUCGCCUACAAGAUCAAGUACCCGGAAAACUUCUUCAUCCUGCGCGGCAACCACGAGUGCGCUUCCAUCAACCGCAUCUACGGCUUCUACGACGAGUGCAAGCGCCGCUACAACAUCAAGCUUUGGAAGACAUUUACGGACUGCUUCAACUGCCUCCCCAUCGCCGCCAUCAUCGACGAGAAAAUCUUCACCAUGCACGGUGGUCUGAGCCCCGACCUCAACUCGAUGGAGCAGAUUCGCCGCGUCAUGCGGCCCACGGACAUUCCCGACUGCGGCCUGCUCUGCGACUUGCUCUGGUCCGACCCCGACAAGGACAUUACUGGAUGGAGCGAAAACGACCGUGGCGUCUCCUUCACCUUUGGCCCCGACGUGGUGUCGCGAUUCCUGCAAAAGCAUGACAUGGAUCUCAUCUGCCGCGCCCACCAGGUCGUCGAAGACGGGUACGAGUUCUUCUCCAAGAGACAGCUCGUGACUCUGUUCAGCGCCCCCAACUACUGCGGAGAGUUUGACAACGCGGGUGCCAUGAUGAGCGUGGACGAGAGCCUGCUCUGCUCGUUCCAGAUCCUUAAGCCUGCUGAGAAGAAACAAAAGUACGUGUACGGUGGUCUUGGGAGCGGAAGCAAACGAGUCACUCCUAAAGCCAAAUCCAAGAAUUGA